GGAGAAUGGUGCAGCAGGGCAAUAUUGCUUCAAGUAUUACAAUUCGGUCGAUUCCUCUUCCUCCUGCUCUGCUUUUCUUCGACCUUGUAUGCUUUGUUUACCGUCGCUCUCUUAGACCACCAAACAAGCGACAAGCGACAUGGGGUCCGUUACUAGCCCCGCAGAAGCUGUUGCGAGGAUCGCCUACCUCGCCAGCGAUGUCGUUCUCUCCGUCCAGCCUUCGCUGAGCACCGAUUCCGAGUUCUCAUAUCAUUUCUCUCGAUUUAUUACCAACAAUGCAAAGAACUUCGUCUCCAAAUCCCUCCCCGAGAUCGUUCCUGUGCGCCAGAAUGCAGACCCGCUGCUCUCUGCAUACACGCCCCUCCAGGCCGGCAAAUUGGUCUCGGUGACGGCUCCCUCCUCCAUUCUGUUGAACUCGGUACCGCAUUUGUACAAACUCGCCCAAUAUCCCGUUGUCCUGCAUGUGGCGCUCGGAACACCUCAGCCAGACUUCUCAGAGAUUAGCUCCAUUAGACAAUGCGGUUUUACCUUUUUGCAGUCGGAGACACUCCAAGAGGCGCAGGAUAUUGCAUUGACGGCUCAUGCUCUGGCAGUGAGAAGUGGCAAAGGAGUUAUCCAUUUCUACGACCCUAGCAAUUCCGUCCAAGACAAUCCAAUCGCAAUCGAAAGUCGCGAGCUGGUUCAAGCACUUCUUGGGACUGGUAUUAAAGCUUCACACACGGGUGAAACCGAACAGACGCUUUAUGCCAGUAAUGGAAGGACUGCCACCGUCACUGAUCUUGGUCUACCAGAAGUUUCUCCCCCGCAAGCAUCUGCACCGGCGACGAGAGAAGCCCUGUCCCCCGUUGCCGCUCCUACGUCAACCAAUGGACAGACGGAUUUGUCCUCGGCAGCUUCAUCGUCUUCGCGACGACAGAGUUCCUCGGGCAGCAUCGCGCCAUCAUCGAUUGCGACUACCGUCGAAACCCCGGUAUCUCGUCCCGUGAGCGCGACUGACAUAUUUAAUUACGUCAGUGAGAUAUGGGCCGCUGUCUCUCAUAUAACAGGUCGCAGCUAUUCUGCAAUUGAAUACUCAGGACCCCCGGAUGCCGAGGCAGCUCUAUAUAUCUUUGGCUCAACUGGAGUAUUUGUCGACGUUCUCGACGCCGACGAUGUCCCAGCCGAUCUUUCAGGUCUCGGUAUAAUCACCGCGCGGCUAUACCGCCCAUGGCUUGGGAGCGCUGUUCUUCUGGACUCCAUCCCGAAAACGAUCCAGAAGAUUGCGGUACUUGAGCAGAUCAGAAGGAAGACUACGAAAUGGGGCCCUGCGUUUCUUGAUUUGCUAUCAAGUUUGAACCCUGGUGCUGGCGGCCAAAGUGCAAUCUCUCUGGUCCAAUACAGACUCGGCCAAAUUGAUGCAUCAACAGCACUACAGGCACUCCGAGGCAUUUUCCAAAACCUCGCCCCUCCUGUUACACCCCGAAAACACUCUCGACGUCGCGGUUAUUCCCAGGCUGCGGCCAUUUCAAUCCAGAAUCUCAGCAUUGGCCACGAGCUAGAACCUACGAUUGACAGCUUCACCCCUGAACAGCCCGAGGUGGAGAAUUCUUAUCUCAAAAUCCUUGACCAGUUGUUCAGCACCCGACUUUACAUUGCCAAUUUGCUCGACAAGAAGAAUGCAGGCGUCUCCUCCACUGUCGCAGCAUCGCCCGAGUAUGGGUUUGGCUCCUUGCUUGCCCGAACUGAACGGCGGCAAGAAUUCGUAAAGGAGGUGGAAGGGGCUGCGCGCAGCAAUCAGUUCAUCACGGAAUCUCCCAAGCAAUGGUUGUCACGAUGGGCAUUGAACGCCAAUGACUCGGUGAAAGCAAACGAAAUUGCACCGGAGGUGGUUGCACGUUUGUCCACAGAUGGCUCAAGGCUCGCCAAUUCACUCCUCGACCAAAAGGCUUUCUUUUUCAAGGAAUCACAGUGGCUGAUCGGCUCCGAUGCUUGGGCAUAUGAUCUGGGCAAUUCUGGAGUUCAUCAUGUUCUUGCCUCAGGUGCCAACGUGAACUUGCUCAUCAUCGACUCGGAACCGUACUCAGAACGAGCUGCAUCAGAUGCAAUGAGGCGCAAGAAAGACAUUGGUCUCUAUGCCAUGAACUUUGGUAAUGCCUACGUUGCCUCAGUGGCCGUAUACAGUUCUUACACACAAGUACUGCAAGCGAUGAUUGAGGCCGAAAGAUUUAAUGGCCCGUCGGUCGUUUUAGCUUAUCUCCCAUACAACAAGGAAACCGAUUCACCUUUGACGGUCCUGCAAGAAACGAAGAAAGCCGUCGACAUGGGUUAUUGGCCAUUGUACAGGUGGGAUCCGUCUAAUGAAGAUAAGGGAGAGCCUUCAUUCUCGCUCGAUUCCGAACGCAUAAAACGGGAGUUGGAGGAAUUUUUGCGCCGCGACAAUCAGCUUACACAGGUGAUGAACCGUCAUCCUCAAUUUGCUGCUAGCCUUUCAGAAUCGUACGGCUCUGAAGUCCGCAAGCUACAGAAACGCAAAGCGAAGGACGCGUACGAACAGAUGUUGGAGGGCUUAUACGGAGCGCCAUUGACGGUCUUGUUCGCUUCUGACAAUGGUAAUGCUGAAGGUCUGGCCAAGAGACUGGGCAACCGGGGAAAAGCUCGAGGCUUGAAGACUAUGGUGUUCGCCAUGGACGACUACCCGCUUGAGGACCUUCCAAACGAGGAGAAUGUGGUGUUCAUCACCAGCACAGCCGGACAAGGUGAAUUCCCGCAAAAUGGUCGGACAUUCUGGGAAGGUAUCAAAGACGCUGCCGACCUCGACCUUUCUAAUAUCCACUACUCAGUCUUUGCGCUUGGUGAUAGCCACUACUGGCCACGAAAGGAGGACAAGAUUUUUUACAACAAGCCUGGAAAAGAUCUGGACACUCGUGUUCAAUUCCUGGGGGGCAAGCUGUUGACCGCUAUUGGGUUGGGUGACGACCAGGACCCGGACAGCUUCCAAACCGGCUACCAGGAGUGGGAGCCCAGACUCUGGCAAGCACUCAACGUUGCCAACGUGGAGGGUCUGCCAGAAGAGCCACCCCCGUUGACCAACGAAGACAUCAAGAUUGCUUCGAACUAUCUCCGAGGCACCAUUGCGGAAGGACUUGCGGAUACAUCCACCGGUGCUAUCUCUGCGUCGGAUCAGCAGCUCACCAAGUUCCACGGCACCUAUCAACAAGACGACCGCGACUUGCGCGAUGAAAGGAAAGCGCAAGGUCUUGAGCCAGCCUAUUCAUUCAUGAUCAGAUGUCGCCUGCCGGGAGGUGUCGCUACUCCCUCACAAUGGGUUCAGAUGGACGCGAUUGCUUCGGCUCAUGGCAACGAAACCAUCAAGCUGACCACAAGACAAACGUUCCAAUUCCACGGAGUCAUCAAGUCGAAGCUCAAGCCAGCCAUGAGAGCAAUCAACAAGGCCCUCAUGACGACGAUCGCGGCUUGUGGUGAUAUCAACAGAAACGUCAUGUGCUCGAGUUUGCCGACCUUGUCUGAGUAUCACCAGGAAGUCCACGCCGUUUCAAAGAGGAUCUCCGACCAUCUCUUGCCCUCAACCACGGCCUACCAUGAGAUUUGGUUGAAGGACGACACCACUGGCGAGAAAACUCAAGUCGCCGGCGAUGCUGUGCAAGAUUUCGAGCCCCUCUAUGGCCCAACCUAUCUCCCACGAAAGUUCAAGAUCACCAUCGCCAUCCCUCCUCACAAUGACACUGAUGUUUAUGCUCAUGAUGUCGGCCUGAUCGCAAUUCGAUCCAAGGACAACGGCCAUCUAGAGGGGUUCAACAUCCUCGCCGGAGGCGGCAUGGGUGUGACACACAACAACAAGAAGACUUACCCUCGACUGGGAUAUAUGAUGGGUUAUGUCCCUGCCGACGUGGCACACUUGGUGUGUGAAAAGAUCAUGCUCGUGCAACGCGACAACGGCGACCGGAAGAACCGCAAGCACGCACGGUUGAAGUACACCAUGGACGACAUGGGCAACGAAGUCUUCAAGGGGAAAGUCCAGGAGCUCCUCACCCCGCUGGGCAUCACCUUUGACGCGCCACGGCCGUACAAGUUCGAAUCGAACAUCGACACAUUUGGCUGGCUCCGCGACGAAAAGGGCAUGAACCACUUCACCUUCUUCAUCGAAAACGGCCGCGUGGAGGACACGGCGGACUUCGCCAUGCGGACGGGACUGCGAGAGAUCGCCAAGAUCCACCAGGGCGAGUUCCGCCUCACGGGCAACCAGCACCUGAUCCUCUCCAACGUGACCGACGAGGCCAAGCCGGCCAUCGUGGAGCUGAUGAAGAAGUACAAGCUGGACAACACGCAGUUCUCGGGCAUGCGGCUGUCCAGCUCGGCGUGCGUGGCGUUCCCGACGUGCGGCCUCGCCAUGGCCGAGUCGGAGCGGUACCUGCCGACGCUGAUCAGCAAGCUCGAGGCCUGCCUGGAGGCCAACGGGCUGGCGCAGGACUCGAUCGUGAUGCGCAUGACGGGCUGCCCCAACGGCUGCGCGCGCCCGUGGGUCGCCGAGGCCGCCUUCGUCGGCAAGGCCUACGGCGCCUACAACAUGUACCUGGGCGGCGGCUACCACGGCCAGCGCCUGAACAAGCUGUACCGCAGCAGCAUCAAGGAGGACGAGAUCCUCGACAUCAUGCAGGGCCUGCUGGCCCGCUACGCCAAGGAGCGCACCCAGGGCGAGCGGUUCGGCGACUGGACCAUCCGCGCCGGCGUCAUCAACGAGACCACCGAGGGCAAGAACUUCCACGAGAACACCGCCGAGGAGGAGAGCGAUGCCGAGUAACAAAAAGAAGGGGGGUGAAUGCCUCGGUCAGCGGAUCUGUGUGGAGAUUGUGAGCCUGAUCUUGCAGGCGACGUUGAUUUUUUUCCAGAUUGGUAACUUUCGUGAUAGCUUUGCAUAGCAUGGGCGAGGCUUGGGAUUCGAGUAGAUAUAGCAAAAAUUUCAUCACAUUGUGCCGAUGAGAGGAAGUGCAAAGUAGCGAAAGGCGAUGACCAAAACAUAAAGAGCCCUAAAGCCGUGCUCCUCAUACGGGACAAUAUUUGGAUCCUGUUAGGUCUGUCCUCUGGCAUAUCUCCUAGAUUUCUUCGCUCUCUCUGAGCAUUAUUCUAUCUUCU